AUGCCCGGGGCUCCAAAUAAGCGCCAGAAGCGGGAAGAGUACAGAAAGGCCCACGCGAACUUGAAAGCUGGCGGCGACACCUCCGCUACUGGCGGCAAGAUCGAGCUGCCGAAGAAAAAGUUCUACAGACAACGCGCCCAUGCAAACCCCUUUUCAGACCAUGUCUUGACCUACCCUGCUAGUCCCGCAGACAUGGACUGGUCGACACACUAUCCUGCGUUUGUGAAGUCGAAAUCCGAAGGAGAAGACGGCGGACCGAGUGUCAUGGGCAAAGAUAUCGAGAUUGCAGAUAUAGGCUGCGGGUUUGGCGGCCUCCUCAUCGCACUGUCGCCCAUCUAUCCCGACUCUCUGAUCCUCGGAAUGGAACUGCGGUUUCAAGUGACCGACUACGUGGUCAACAGAAUUGCCGCGCUGCGGGCACAAAAUCAGGACAAGGCUCAGUCUACCGUGGACGGACCGGGACCGUCUCUCUACCAGAACAUUUCCGCUCUCCGCACCAACACCAUGAAGUUCCUGCCCAAUUAUUUUCGACGCGGACAGCUGUCGAAGAUCUUUCUAUGCUUCCCUGACCCUCAUUUCAAGCAGAGAAAGCACAAGGCCCGCAUUGUGUCUGCCCAGCUCAACGCCGAAUAUGCGUACGUCCUGAGACCGGCUGGUCUGGUCUACACGAUCACCGAUGUUGAAGAACUGCAUCAUUGGAUGGUCAGGCAUUUCGACGGGGAGGAGGCUGGAGAUGCCCAGGAACUGUGGGAACGGGUGACGCAGGAAGAACUCGACCGAGACCCCUGCGUCAAAGCCAUGAGUCAAGAAACCGAGGAGUCCAAGAAGGUCACGAGGAAUGGAGGGCAGAAGUACAUCGCCGUCUUCAGGAGAAAGGAGAACCCUGAAUGGCCGGGCUGA